AUGUAUAUAUAUAUAGUUAUAUUGUAUAGUUCUGUGUUUUUGUCCUUUUUUCCAGCACGAAUCGUCUGUGUUUUUGUCACUUUUUUUUUGCAGGGCAAAUUUGGCGAUGUCUAUGCUGCUGUGGAGCGUGCAUCCAGAGAACCCUACGCCGUGCGGCUCUUGUCGAUUGCCGGGAAAGCGGAUUUGCUGCAAGAAGCGAAGAUCUGGAAGAGCGUGUCGGAUAGCAAGUACAUCGUGCAAUGGUACACCAUCAGAGCAGAUGGAGCCACUCUGUUCUUCUUGAUGGAGAGAUGUCAGUGCAACUUUGUGCAAAAGCUGAAAAACUCUUCAUCCUGGAAUGUCCAGAAAACUCGAGCUGCAUUCAAGCAGAUGAUGCGGGCGGUGGAUUGGAUCCAUUCUUGUUCUGUAGUCCAUCGGGACAUCAAGGCUUCAAACUUUUUAUGUGGUGGUGACAAAGGCAACACCAUCAUGAAGUUGACAGACUUCAGUACAGCCUGCCAAGUACCGCAGGGUGCUCGGCUUUUCCAAGAAGCCGGCAGCUGGCAAUAUCGCUCCCCGGAGAUGCAUUCCAAGGCCGGUUAUACGGAGAAGACCGAUAUUUGGUCCUUUGGCGUCAUGGCUUAUGCCCUGCUCUUCAACGAGUUCCCCUAUGGAGCCCAAGUCAGAGACAAGGAGAGAAUCCGUGCGUUGAUCUUGCAGAAUGAAGAGCCACACUUCCUCCAAGUGCCUGUUGGGCAAAAGGUGGGCGAGUUCUUGGGUCCUGCAGCGAGAUUUUGCCGAGUCCUGUUGCGACGGAACCAGGACAUUCGUUGCAGCGCUUCAGAAGCUUUGCAGUUGGGAUUCAUCUCAGGCAUGGCCUGUUCGGUCGAAAUGGAGGCCGACUGCGCGUCAGUGCGGAAGCAGGACCACCAUCCCAUCGUCAAGGAGCUGGCGAAACCUGCGGCCGGCUGGGACGACGAAGGUGCAGUGGAGUCGCAGUUCUCUGAAUUCACCGUCGAUUUGACACGGAACAAACUGGCACCGCUGCCACUGAUGGGACCUGAAUGGGAAGCAUUCUUCACAGCUUGGAGGUGCCAAUUGGGUACGCUUACCUCGGUGACUUUCGACCUGGAACUCCUCAUUGGCGAGGCCUCAAAGUAUGGCAUUCGAAGGCGGUGCCGAUUGGCCCUCUUGCGCAACACACACGUUUUGACGGAGGCGCUGCCGUCGGGUUCGGCCUCUUGGAGUGGUUUGAUGUGUCAUCCAAGGUCCUUUGGCUUCGGCCAACUGAGCCGGCCGUCGGACGGCACUUCUACAUUGGCUCCGUCUCUCCGUGACCAAUGCCGCAGCCCUGGCGAAGCGGGGGACAUGUUCGUGGAUGUCAACAUUCCAAAGUGCAGCUUUUAUCGUUUCAUGGCCAAAGUUUGCAGAGCGCUUCGCGGCGUAGCAGCAUGUAGCAGCGGUGUACGGGACCAGUUGGAGAUUUUGAAACACCGACUGGUCUUAGUGGUGCACCUGGUGCACCAAGGUGUCAUGUUCGCGCCCCCUGGGCGUCGACCCGUGCCCACGGGGCCUGAAAAGGGUCCCUGGAAGAGCACGGGAAGAUCUGAAGGGUCUAGAAACAGCCUUGGUGAGAAGGACUCGAGUCCAAGAAGUCCAAGAGAGGACAGCAGGAGGGAUGAUCGACCAAUGACUGUCCAUGAGGCCAAUCGUGCCAAGAAGGCGAUCGACAGGAAUCGAAAAGCCAUUGAAAAUCGCAUUCGAUACUUCCAAAAGGAAGAGGAGAAGAUCUGGCGAGACCUCGAAGAAGUCCGACGGCAGGCUGCAACCAUCGAAGAGGGCCGUUCGCGCACCAUCGAGAAGAAGUUGGCAGAUCGAGCUAUUCAGCAGGAGAGAGAUCUCACGCUGCAGCACAACAGAGUCAAGGUGUCCCAAAAUAGGGUCUCCGUCUCUGACUAUCGAAAGCAACAGCAGUUCGAAUCCAUGCGAGAGAAACAGCUUUCAGCACAAGCUCAACGGGAAACCUCUCAGGCCAUCCUUCACCAAAAAAGACAGCUGGAUUUGGAGAUGCGGAAGCAGAACUCGGAGCGGGCGGCUAUGAUACAGAUAGCACAGAAAGAAGCUCGGUCAAGGGCGAGCCAGGAACGAUCCCUUCGCCUGGAACGAAUGCGUGAAUUCCAGGAGUUUGAACGUCAGCAAGCAGAGCAAGAGAUCUCAGGCGAAGAAGGCUCCUUGGCUCAUGUGGCCAUGGGUCGCUUCUUCAAUCACUUGCCGCACUUCACGCAGAAAGGGGUGAAAUCCUUCGCGGCAGCCUUCAAAGCUGUGGUGAGCGGCGAAGCGAUGUACGGCGUUGUGCCCAUUGAAAACUCCGCUUCAGGAACUCUCCACUCCACCUACGACCUCCUGUUGCAACAUGACGUAGUCAUUGCUGGCGAACUUGGCGUUCGCGAGGUGUAUUGCCUGUGUGGCCGGCCAGAUGUGACGCUGGCGGACGUGAGAUAUGUCUUGAGCCAUCCAAACAUCCUGGGCGCCUGUUCCGCGUUCCUGGAAACGCGCAUCCCAGCAGGAAGUCCGCAGGCCUUAGCGCCGUUGGAUCUGAUCUCCACCAUCUCCACCACUGAAGCAGCCAGGAAGGUGAGAAACGGUGGCUUCGCGCUGGGAGCGGCUUGUGCGAUUGCAACAAAGGAGGCAGCAGCCAAGCAUGAACUCUCCGUCUUGGCAGAGGACAUUGGAAACGAUGCCUUUCUGGAGACGCGUUACAUCCUGUUCCAUCUCCGCAACGGCGAAGCGUCCAAAGUUCCCCCGCCCUUUCCGCGGGACGUGCAGAACGCGUUGCAAAAGCGCUCCGCCUGCUUUGCGCUGAGUAAUGAGCCCGGAGCCAUUUUUAAACUCUUGGCCUGCUGGGCCUUGCGCAACAUCGACGUUUUAAAGGUUGAAACGCGGCCAUUGGCUUUGGGCCUUCGAGCACCACCCAGUUUGACCAAAGCGAGACUUUGGGAUUAUUUAUUCUACGUAGACUAUGCAGUGCCAGCGGACAAGGAGAUCAACGAGGCUCGUCUUUGGGACGCUCUGUCGGAAUUCUCCCUCUGGCACCGGGACUUUGGAGCCUAUUCCUCGCAGGUGACGCGUGCGGAGAAGACGCCACAAGAGUGGUACGUGGAGCUCGGUGGGAGAUCGGUGGGAGAUCGGCAGAUCAAUGGUCAAUGGUCAAUGUUGGUCCUCGAGGCAGAAUCGACGCUGCCGGACUUGGAGGAACAGGAGAUGAUUUGUUUGCAACGUCUUCAAAACUCCCGGAUCGUCACGCAAUCCGUUCUGGAGGAGUUGGAGACACGUCUUGGAUCUCAAAGCUCUGUAGCCACGCUGCUUCGUUCCAAGCAACGCAGUCAGGAUCCACUGGACUCCGUGGGGGGCCUCUCCACUGGUCUGCCACAAGAGCCCGAGGCCGCAGAGACAGCUCAGGAGGCCACGGAAACUUCUGCGGCAGGACCGUGA